UUCAGUUACAGUUAGAGCUUUUGGCGGUUAAGAGUGUUCAAGUUUUAGCUGUGAGUUUUUGAGACUUUGGUGAAGACUUUUCUUCUUCGAGAUGGCUUCUAGUCAUCUCAUGAAGAACUCUGCCAUCUUGCUGAUCGUCUUCACAUUUGGAAUAUGUUCGGCUGCAAUCAUUGAGGUUGAAAUCGAUGCCAUGGAGCUCGGUGACGGCGACUACAUGUCAAAGCGCACCGGAUCCAAACAUAGUGAUAGCAUUGUUGUCGGAUCUUUUUCUCCUUUCCUCGAUCCAGGAGCUGAAUAUAAAGCAAAACAUACCAUGGCUUCUGAUCCAGUUUACAAUUGUGUGAAACAAAAAAAAGAGGAUUAUGAUGUCCAUCGUCAAGAAUUCGAAACUAAAAUUCGAAAACGAAAUGGUAAUGUGAACUCUGUAUUGACAAAUGAGGAAACACUGGCAGAAGUAUCUGUCACUGAUUAUUUCGUUUAUGUCGCACAAGAAGUGUGGAUCUGCACUGGAAAUCAAAUGAAUGAGAAUCCAACUUUCUACAGAGUGAGAAAUGAACUAUUCAGCAUAAAAGACAUUCGAGAGGUUUACUACGGAUUGGGAGUUUCAGUCUCGAUGAUCAGGCAUCAUUUGACUAUUGGAAAUCGAUCGAAAAUCGAGGAAAUCAAGUACUUUGUGCAAGAUGCAUCAACAAAAGAACUGACAAAGACCUCAAAAUUAUUGAUCAAGUCCUACAAAAUUGAAAAAAACAAUGCGGUUUCUAUCCCUAACCUUUCGAACGAGUUUGUCUUGUCAGACGUCAGGGAAAAAAUUAAUGGGGAAGGAAUGGCACAGGUCAACGUUUCUUCUACGGGGGAAUCAUUCAAAAUUGGGUCAAGUUGGAAGAAGGACGCUGAGUACAGACAACCUCCUAGUCAAUACAUCGGGUGUAAGAAGAUUCAGUACUGGAAUCCGGCACCUUUCAGACCAGAGGUAUACAAAAUACGGAAUAUACCUGUAACAGACCAGCAUCGCAAAGUUAUUGCAAAAUUCAGUGAUGAGGAGUUUGAAAAAAUGUUCACAAUAGUUGGAAGAAGCAUAUGGAAUUGUGAACACUACGAAAAUGGAACUGAGAUGAUUACAAGUGGCCCCGCGGUUUAUCUGGUCGUACACGAGAUCAUAGGCAAAAUACCUAUUCAGAGCGUCUCAUUCUUUCCAAGAGACUUACAAAACAUUUACGCCGUGAAAUUAACUGGUGGUGGGGAAACCGUGAGGUAUACUGAUAUUAGCUUCUAUUAUCGUAGCAACUGGACACGUUUGGAAAUGGAUAUAAGUAGUGUUUACUCCAAGAUAGAAACAUCUGCAUUUGUUGAAAUUCAAUAUCAAAGGGGAAAUGUUACGGAGACUAGAAAGGAAGUUCAUUACCUUUUGGACAGCGGAAACGUUUUCAGUACAUUUAUUGAUGAAGUCGGCUAUCAUCUGAGAGUGGGCACACAAGCAGUCGAAACUAUUGUUGAUGAAAACAACGUGGAAUGCGAGAAAGUCCCCUACGAUGACAUUUUCAAAAACCGAUGUGACGAUUUUAAUGGAUAAAGAUGGUAUUAUCCAUUCUCAAGAAGCUAUCUCCGGUGAUUAUUGGGAGGAUUUUUUCGUAUACACCAAACAAGAGGUUUUCUUGUGCAAAUCAGCUAGAAACAGUAUCUACAGAGUCGUGAAUCAUCUUUCAUUUCAUAAGCCUAUCAGCGAGUUACAGACUUUCGAUGGCGUCGAGAUAUCCAAUAAGAGAAUGAUAGAGAAUACAUUAACUGUAGAAAUAGCUGAAGUCAAAUACGUCAAAUCAACAACAGGACAAGCUGUGGAAUAUGUUGGACUAUUGAUUUUUGAUGAAGAUUAUGACCAUCAUCACAACAGCUCAGUCAAAACGACUAAGAAACAAGUGUUGAAAACUAGAGAUGAAAUCAUUCACCUCAUUGAUGUGCCCAAGACUUUGGAGAAGUUCAAGGAUAGUGAAUCUGGAAGUUCGGUUUUCGUUGGAGGAGGACCAAAUACUUUGACAUUCACCCCCAACUCCAAUGUGGGCGUUGGAACAGGAAAUGCUUCCACUGUUUUAUUGUGAGUAUGAUACUACUAUUUCAUUAUUGUCACUUUAGACUGAAAUGUAGAAAUAACAAUUUUGAUGACAUGUUCCUUCAUAGUGAGGUUCACAUUAUAAUGGUAGUGCUCGAUCAACAAUGGUAUUGCUAUCCUUGUCUAUCAUUCAACAAAGCAGAUA